AAAAAAGAAUUUAUCGGCUCGACGUGGUUAGGCAGUCAACAAAAGUAAAAUAACGUCGUCUCCGUGAAUUCACGGCAUUUGCAACAAGAGAAACAAGUGGAAACUGUUCCAAAUCUUCAAUCCUUCCAUCAAAUCCAUUCUUUCAACCAAAUGAUCCGAUUCAUUCUUUUGCAGAACCGCCAGGGUAAAACCCGUUUAGCCAAAUACUAUGUUCCUCUCGAAGAUUCCGAGAAACACAAGGUCGAAUACGAGGUUCAUCGUCUCGUUGUAAAUAGAGAUCCCAAAUACACUAAUUUCGUUGAGUUUCGUACACACAAGGUUAUAUACAGGAGAUAUGCUGGAUUGUUUUUCUCACUUUGUGUUGAUAUUACCGAUAAUGAAUUGGCCUAUUUAGAGUGUAUCCAUUUGUUUGUUGAAAUUUUGGAUCACUUCUUCAGCAAUGUCUGUGAACUUGAUUUGGUUUUUAACUUCCACAAGGUAUACCUUAUACUUGAUGAAUUCAUUCUAGCGGGUGAACUGCAAGAAACAAGCAAAAAGGCUAUCAUUGAAAGAAUGGGAGAACUUGAAAAACUAGAGUGAAACAUAGCAGUUCAGCAGAGUCACAAUGGCUUGGAGAUUUUGAUGAUGAUGAUGAUGUACUUGGGCAUUUGGAGUGAUUCUUGUAUUUUAAUUGUGAUAUGUGAUACAACUUUGAUAUUUUCCCCCUUGAGCCAUGUAUUAUGUACACUACCAAGGCUUCUUUUGGCUUGUGUUAAUAUAUUGUAGACAUUCAUGAA